AAUUUGCGCCCUGAAUGUGAAUGAGCACAAGCGAAUUUAAUUAAUCAUGGCGAAGAGGUGUUCAAUUCAUAUUUCUAACGUGUAAAUAACUGAAUAGGGAAAUAAACGGUAUUUGGACCAGUGUAGUAAAUCGAUUGCAUUGUUUCGAUGAACCCGGAACGCAUAUUACACUGCCUAUUUACAAUAUCUCCAAUUGAUAAUUGUUCCAAAAAUUGUUGCUUGUUUAAUAAAGUGAAGCACUUUUAACGCUGAUUGUAAACUAAACCGGGUCAGUCAUCGUCAAUUACUUCGGGUUUGCUGGGUGGGGUAUCAGACUCACUCGCUCGUUCAUUCAGCUUCUAGGCACUAAUUCAAAAUGAAAGCUUUCCUGGCCAUUUCGGUUGUGGCUGUCGCAAUUGUUGCCACGUUGGCAUUUCCGAGUCCCAAUAUCGAUGCCUCUAGCCCAGGAGAUGCAGGAGCAGCAAGGGUAGCUCGUCAGCAAGGAACUGCCGCUCAGGGUUAUCUCGGUGGGGUGACAGACGCUGGGGACGCAGCACCUCCCGGUGACCCAAGGUGGAAGGACCCCGCAUACUGGGAGAAGAACCAUGAGAAACAAUGGGGCGGAUUUGAAAACGCAAUGGAGAAGUGGCAAAAUUGGGCUGCGGAUUCGAACUCUGGCAACUACAAAUUGGCAAACAAUAAAGUUGGAGCUUUCGACAACGGAGAAUUCAACGCGGAGAAAGCUUCAGAGGAAUUUUUCGGCCCCGACCAUGUUAGGAAUGACUGGAAAUUUGGGAACUACACUACCAAUGCUGGAUUUGGUGUUGGAGCGGCCAUCCAGACGGCCCCCGGUUCCGGAGAUAAAUCUGCCGAUGGUAAGGGUGGGUUCUGGGCUAAACUACAUUGUCGUCUUCAUAGUUCUCUCUUUUUGCAAAAGAAGCAUCUCAGGCUUCCCGUCCCUUGCUCUUUGAUCCUUUAAUUCUUCCAUUCGAGUCUAAUAUUUAAUGAUAUUCUAAUAAACAUUGGCGAUUUAUUUAUUAAUGGGUCCAAAUUUUUAACAUGAAAUAAAAUAUGGUCGUAGUUGGCAAAAUUGAUUUCA